CAAAACCGUUGUGUCUUAAUGGCAGUUUGAACAGACAAAAGUAAGCUGAGGACUAGCUGAAACCUACUGCCAAGCCAAAAGGCAAACUUUAUUUCUAAGAGAAGAUAUAAAAUAAGUGAGACUGGAGCCUCCAAAUCCCAAUCGACCUCCCAUCCAGCUGAUGGACAUUUGGGAGGUUCACUUGGAUGAAAGUACAGAUCGCAAAUUCUACAUUAAUACGGUCACAAAAGAGAAGACCUGGAAACCGCCAAGGCUCUUUGUGGGCAUGCGAGACAUAAAGGUUGGACCAACACCACAACCAAAACCAAAUGCCCAGCCAACAUCCACCACCGAGCAUAUUUCCUCAUCCCAAGCUAGUCCUUCCGCAGUACAGCGGAGAGUGAAAAGUGCAGCCGCUAACUGUGAUCGCCUCAGCCAGACAAAGUCAAUGGUUCUCACUGACUCCAGCCCACUCAAGUUACCGGGAUCCCGCCAUAGGCGAAACCACUCUCAGCACAAUCUUACAGAAAUUACUGGGAUGGUGGAUCAGUCUUGUUUACAACCAAUGGAGAAAAAUGGAUUCCUCAAUAAGGCAAAGAUUACAGAGGGUGGCAAAAAACUGAGGAAAAACUGGACUACUUCUUGGGUUUGUCUCGAGGGAAACAAAAUUGAAUUCUACAAAGAGCGCAAGCAACAAACUUUAGCCAGUUUGAAAACAGGCUGUAAACCGGAGAACGUGGACCUGUGCGGUGCUCAGAUUGAUUGGGCAAAAGACAAAUCCAGCAGAAAAAAUGUGCUUCAGCUCACCACCAUCUCAGGGAAUGAAUUUCUUCUACAUUCAGAUGAUGAUAGUAUACAUGACUGGUACCAGGCUAUCAGACACGUGAUUGACAAAUUUAAGGGAACCUCCACAACAGCAAUCAGUAUCUGGAAAAGCUCAAGCAGUGAAGAGCUGAGUAGAAAUGAGGGUGACAACAACAGCAAAUCAAACACAAAAGAAGCAAAGCCUGAACACAGAAAAUCAAUAAUACUGCGACUGAACCAUAGCUCAUCAGACACCUCUGAGAAGAAAAGAGUUAAGAGCAGACUAAAAAAAUUCAUAUCAAGACGACCUUCAUUGAAAACUUUACAAGAAAAAGGACUGAUUAAAGAUCAAGUAUUCGGCUGUCACUUGGCUACUCUGUGCAAGCGCGAAGGAACCACAGUUCCAAAAUUUGUGAAGCUUUGCAUUGAAGCUGUGGAAAAAAGAGGUUUGGAUGCUGAUGGCAUUUACAGAGUGAGCGGCAAUCUGGCUACAAUACAGAAAUUACGAUUUGUAGUGGACCAUGAAGAGAAGCUGAAUUUGGAUGACAGCCAGUGGGAGGACAUCCACGUCGUCACCGGAGCACUAAAGAUGUUUUUCAGAGAGCUGCCUGAGCCACUUUUUCCAUACAGUUUUUUUGAUCAAUUUGUAGAUGCCAUAAAAUAUCACAAUUACAGUCAACGUGUUCAGUGUGUGAAGGAAUUGGUGAAAAAGCUUCCUAAACCUAACCAUGAUACCUUGAGAGUUCUCGUUAAACACUUACAAAAGAUUAUCGCGAAAGCACUGGUGAAUCUCAUGUCAUCGCAGAGUUUAGGCAUCGUAUUUGGGCCAACUCUUAUGUGGCCUGAAAAUGAAAGCUCGAACAUGGCAGUGUUCAUGACAUACCAGAACCAGAUAAUUGAUCUGAUCCUCACAGAGCAUACUGAGAUCUUCGACCCGUAGGGAAAAUGAAGAUGCCUCUUGUUCAGUGGGAUAAUAGUGUACUCCAAGGACUUGUGAUUGGUGAAUUUUUGGAUAAGACAGUGUGUGGUUCUGCUGCUUGUUUAUUUUUUGUAUCCUCCCUCAAUGUGUUUUCAUUUGUAUUAACCUAUAUAGUUGACAUUUCCCUGAGGCUAGGUUCUUUUUUUAGUCCACUAUACAAUCACUGAUUGAUCAUUACU